GUCUCUCACUGGUGUGUUUUCUGCAAUGAGUGCCUACAAAACCCUAGUCCGUACAUAUAUUUCUUGCCUUGAAUGCAGAAUCCGAAGCCGGAAUCGACGAACUUCUUCUCUCUCUCUUCCUCACCUCCGUGCAUUCUCAUCCUCUCCUUCACCUCAUCUCUUGUUCCCUUCUAUUGUUUCUCGAAAUCCAGGGUCUAGACUCCAAUCCUAUAGAGCUCAGUCAAGAUGUUGCGGCUUCAUUGAAGAAGCAGUUCCUUUGGAAAUCACAGAAUGUACGGACGAAACAAUCACUAAACACUUAACCCUAGAACCGCCGGAGGAAGCAGGUAAAGACUCGGUCGAAGAGUUGCUUGUGAAAAGCGAUGACGUUUCAAGAUUAAUGAAAAUGGAACGCAGGUCUGAUUUGGAUAGUAAAGACCACUUUAGCCAAUCAAGACGUUGGUUUCCAUAUCUCGAUAAAUUUGAUGCUGGAAGUAUGCAUUUGAGUAGCAGUGAAGUGUUGGAAGCGCUUGAUCCGCAUAUAUUGGAGGUGAGGAAGGAGAGGUUUCGGAAUGUGGCAAAGAAUCGGAGCUAUUCGGUGUGUUUGGUGGUUGAGGGUUUGUGUGAUUUCGGGAACGUUUCUGCAACAUUUCGGUCAGCGGAUGCCCUAGGGUUCCAGUCAGUUCAUGUAGUGUCCUGUAACAGCUCGAAAAGGUACAGAGACAAUCGUCAUGUGAGCAUGGGGGCUGAGAAAUGGUUAGAUAUUGAACUUUGGAACUCUACCCAAGAGUGCUUCAAAGUUUUGAAGUCACGUGGUUAUCGUAUUGCCACGACACAUGUGGGAAUGGAUGCGGUUUCCAUUUAUGAUAUGGACUGGUCAUGCCCAACCGCAAUAGUUGUUGGAAAUGAAAAUAGUGGGAUAAGCAACGAGGCUCUGGAGUUGUCAGAUCUGCAUUGUAGUAUUCCUAUUAAAGGCAUGGUGGAUUCUUUCAACGUUUCUGUUGCUGCUGGCAUUCUUAUGCACCAUGCUGUCUGUGACAGGACUUUACGCUUGGGUUGUCAUGGUGAUCUAACAUUGGAAGAAAGCCAGACUCUUCUUGCGGAAUUUUCUCUGCGUCACAGCAAGAGUGCAAUUAGUAUUGCCAAAGAGUAUGCGAACAGGAAGUUAGCCAGGUCCAUGUUAAAGCUUUGAUAAAGGCAUCAACAGUCUAACCUCUGGAUUUCCUGUGGUAGAAUGUUUACAAAUAGUGGCUCCAGAAAAUCUUACAGUGGAUUUUUGAAGGUCUGAUUGAUCGUGAAGCGACUUGAUGGAGAAUCAUGCUUAUAAGUGCACAAUUUGAUGACAUCCUCUGCUUAAACUGAUCUGGCAUUGCAACUUUUAUUUAACUUACCAUUUUCCAGUUGUUAUCUUUAUGCAUUU